CCCUCUGUCGUUCCAUUUUACUGUGUGUGCUCAGGGGGUUUCUUUGCCUUCUGCGAGCACCGCGCUCAUGUGUUUGUGUGUUCAGCCUUAUGCACACACAAUAAACUUUUUUUACCGGACACCAGAUAGAAUUUCAAAGACACCUGCACCGAAAACAAUAAUAUUCGGAACAUUUCUUCCGGGCAUAAUCCUGAACUGCUCUGGAGAUCAUUUUUCGUUUGUGGCUUUUAGUGCCCCUUUCAACGAUUUCUGUUUCAUUCGAAACAGGAGCUCGGAAACAUGUUGAGGAGAGGAGGUAUUUCUUUUGAAAGGUUCCCGAAGUUGGGACGCCAAUGAUGCGCGAUGCAAGAGGAACACACACUCUGGGCGUCACUGAACUCAUCUAGAGGACCACAUCUCAUCUCCUCCCCCAUCUUAACUCUACUGACCUCCUCCCCCCCUACCUCCCUCCUCCAUCACAGUUAAAGACUCCCCCCUCCUUAACUCUACCUGUGAGAAGAAAGCUAGUGGGCGGGCCCACUGUAUGAUUCCAUUGGCCACUUCUUAACACCUGUGAAACACUGACCAAUCACCAUGCAGACAUCAUCUCUCCGCCGCCAGGUGAAGAACAUGGUCAACCAAUACUCAGAGGCAGAGAUCAAGGUCCGCGAGGCGACCUCCAACGACCCGUGGGGCCCCCCCUCCUCUCUGAUGUCAGAGAUCGCUGACCUGACCUUCAACGUGGUGGCGUUCACUGAGGUCAUGGGUAUGAUCUGGAAACGCCUCAACGACAGCGGGAAGAACUGGAGACACGUCUACAAGGCCCUGACUCUACUGGACUACCUGAUCAAAACGGGCUCGGAACGUGUGGCGCAGCAGUGCAGGGAGAACGUCUACACCAUACAGACCCUACGGGACUUCCAGUUCACAGACAGGGAUGGCAGGGACCAGGGGGUGAAUGUUAGGGAGAAGGCCAAGCAGCUGGUGGCCCUGAUGAGGGAUGAGGAGAGGCUGAAACAGGAGAGGACCCUGGCCCUGAAGACCAAGGAGAGGAUGGCUGGAGCAGCUGCAGGGUCAGGGAUGGGCUCUAGUUCUCUACCUCCACCCUACCCAGGCCGCCGUACCAGCCAGCCCAGCAUGACUGCUCUCUACGGGGAUGACUUCAGCCGGUCCAGGGAGUCCCAUUCCUCUUUCAAUUCCACCUCUUCCUCUCCUCGCCGUGCCGCAUCAGACAUGGAGCAGGCCCGCCCACAGACCAGCGGGGAGGAGGAGCUACAACUGCAGCUGGCUCUGGCCAUGAGCCGAGAGGAGAGUGAAAAGCCUGCUCCCCCGGUGGACACUGAUGAACAGACUCAGCUCCAGAUCGCCCUGAGCCUCAGCAAGGAGGAAGCUCAGAAGCCGGCCUCGCCUCCUCCGGUUGCCUUGGAUAUGGAUGAAGAGAGACAGCUCCAGAUCGCCCUGAGCCUGAGCAAAGAGGAGCACCAGCAGGAGCAACGGAGUCGCCAAGGAGACGAGUCGUUGCUCCAAAAAGCUCUGGAGGAGAGUAAACGAGAGGCGGCGUCUGGUGGAAUUGGGUCUGCCAUGAUGGAUCUGGUGGAGGUGUUUGCUGUGUCAUCUGAGGUGCCUCCUACUGCUAGUGCCAACUCCUGGAGUCUGCCAGGGGGGAACGUCCGCACCCCUCUCCACCACCCCCUCCCCCAGGCCCAGGCUGCUGCUGGGGCCAUCUCCGACCCCUGGGACUCACUGGUAGAGGCUCGCUCCACCCCCGCUGGGAUAGAGUCUCCCUGGAUGGUUCCUCCCACCUCCGGUAGCCCCGCCCCCCCUUGGCAGCGUAGCCGGUCCCCUCCGGACCCCUGGGAGACCCCGGGGGUAGUAGACCCAUUUUCUAUCCCAGAUGCUCUUCGAACUGGCAGCCCUACAGAUGGUGACUUGUUUGACGAGGCGAUGGACGGAGGUCAUUUCAGCCUGAACAGUCGAGGUGAGGGUGAGGGCAGCCCGGAGCUGUUUGAUCUGUCUCGUAUAGGGGACAGUCUGGGGGUCCCCAGCCCUCGGACAUGCCGGACCCCUGAAUCCUUCCUGGGGCCCACAGGGGCCUCCCUGGUCAAUCUGGACAGCCUGAUACCAGCCAACCCCCCAGCCAAGACCAAGAACCCCUUCCUCUCAGGUCUGAGUACUCCAUCUCCCCUCAACCCGUUCCAGAGUGAACAGCCUCGUCUCACUCUGAAUCAGAUGCGUCCCAGCUCCACGUCCCCCGUCCCCCCCUCCGGUCCUCCCUCCCUGCCCUACAGUGCUUCUCUGCCCCUGCCCGCCAGCCACCAGCCGGCCAGCCUGCCCUCCUCCCUCACCCAGCCCACCCAUGGAGCCCUGGACAUACCUGGGCUGCCACAGCCCCUGUUACCUCUUUCCUCCAUCUCGUCUCUGGGAGAGCAGCACAGUCAGAAUCCCUUCCUGUGAUGUCUGUCCAGCUGAACUGAAACCGCUAAGAUGGAAGAUAGACCAACACCAACUUCUGCCAUGCGCAGUAGAACACCUGCUGGGUGUCCACGAGCGGUGUCCUGUUGGGUGUCCACGAGCGGUGUCCUGUUGGCUGUCCACGAGCGGUGUCCUGUUGGGUGUCCACGAGCGGUGACGAUUCAACAUGUGGAAUCGUCGAGAAAUUUCUAGAAAAUGACGGUCUAUGUUUUGUAGUCAGAUGUGACAGGAUGCCCACCCAGCUAUCGCACGGCCGGCAAUUCAUGUUGGUCUGUCUGUCCUCUAACUCUGGUGGAUGGAACAGAGGAAAUAGAAAUGACUCUUAUUAGGUUAUUUUCUGUCAAUCUAACCUCAAGACUCAACAACUGGAAUUCAGACAGAACUGAUAAUCCCCUUAAGUUGUUAUUAUGUUGUUGUUUUUCUAUGGGCUAUAGUACUGUAACGCUUAGAUUACUGCCUCUGCUACGAUCUGCUCUACCACAACCUGUCCUGUUACUCCUCUCUGCUGAAGAGAGUGAUGGAGGCCUCUGCUACGAUCUGCUCUACCACAACCUGUCCUGUUACUCCUCUCUGCUGAAGGGAGUGAUGGAGGAGGAACGAGUGGUAGAAAGAAAGAGAAUAUUCCCAGAACGUGUUUAGGUCUAUAGUAACCUAAGCCAUGACAGAUACUGUACAUACACGCCGAUGCCCAAGCUCAUCCUCCGCUAUAGAAAGCACAGUAGGUGAAGAUGUUUCCAUUUUAAAGUAAUUAGCAAUACUUUACAGAGUGAGUGUGUCUGCACUAACCUGGUCUCAGAUCUGUUUGUGCUGUCCUGCCAACUCCAAUGGGUCAAUGGCUAUACAGCAGAAACAGAUCUGGGACCAGGUUAGUUAACUGCUUUUCCAACUGCUUCUUACCUAGUCACAUGCCCCGCCCACUCUGCUGCAUACUUUAGUUUGAUUGGCUCCGCACUGUUGCUCCUGAUCCAGCACUGAACUGAUUGUACACCAGAUAUGCCUGCUUAUCUCUCCGACCGACGGACCACAAUGCACUGGGACAGGACGCCCACUGUUCCUGCCGCACUGCUCUAUGCUGAUUUGUCGAUCCGCUCUCUGGACUGCUUUCAUUGGUUGGCUCUUUCUCUCCUAUUAUCUCUCCCAUGAUGCCCCAGGGGAUAACUCGGACAAGUCUGUUCAGGAGGAUGUAACGUUACAGAAUGCUCAGAUAGAAAUGUAUCAUGUAGAACAGAUAUAAUUGUCUGCCAGAUAGAAUAGGGGAAGCGUGUCGGCUCUAUUUAAUCUAUUUCUAUCCAUUCAGAACGUUUCCCAGCACAGACUGCAACUCAGAUAGAAAUGUAUCAUAUAGAACAGAUAUGAUUCUCAACCAGAUAGAAUAAGGGAAGUGUGUCGGCUCUAUUCAAUCUAUUCCUAUCUGCAAAUGUUCAGAAUGAUUCCUAGCGCCGACUACGACUCUUGAUUCCUGAGAACGUGCAUAGAACAUUCCACGCCGAUGAUGAGACGCCCGCCAACCCCCAUCCACAUAAUGAACACUUGAGUUUUAAGCUUCCUGUUUUUGUUACAUUGGGCCUAGUAAGGCUCCGUCUGACUGAGUUCUCGUGUAAAAGGAUGGUUUGCUGUUGGAAUGGAGCUGCGGUGAUGGCGAGAGAGAUUCUAAGGUAGUUCUAUUGUAUUGUAGUGAACUGGAGGCCCUUUUGAGGGAUAGAGACCGGAACCACUGCAGGGGGCAAAUCCUAACGCUCGCACUUCAAGUUGAGUUUUGCAUUGAUGUCAAUGGGAGAUGUGGAAAUUCAAUUGAAUUCAAUGGAAGUUAGGAAGCUAGCAUUCGACCCCUAGAAAGCAACGCAUAUUAGAAUGUAUGAAUUGAUAUCACGAUUAUUUUCCCUCUCAUUGCUGUGAUCAUUACUUGUGAAACACUGAUUGUCAUCGUCUCAAAUAUAAGGGUAUAAUGAACUAAUAACAACACCUGG